AUGAGGGCCACCCAGUUCCUGCAGGUCUGCACCAGGACCACAGCUUAUAAUGCCAGUGGAAGGAACAGUGAAUUCAUCGCGCUGGCAGAACGGGCACGACCUUGCACCAUUUUCUACAACACCACUCUGGCAGCUGCCAAGGAGAAUCAUGAGUGGGACUUGGCGUUGUAUUUGUUUGCAACAUCGGCGGAAAGACGACUUACAUCAGAUGUCGUGUCUCUGAAUACUUGCAUGAGUGCUUGCGCAAAGGGCAUGUUCUGGGAGAAAGCCGUCAGCCUAUUGCAUGAUGCUGGGCGGCACGGGCUGCAGCCUGACACCAUAUCACUUAAUACCUGCAUUAGCGCAUGUUCGCGAGCUUUGCUGUGGCAGAAGGCCCUCGCCAUUUUUUCCUUGUUCGGUCCUUCAAGACUGCAGCCUUCAGAGGUGUCGCAUUGUGCCUUAAUCACCAUUUUUGAGAAAGCCACUGCUUGGGAAAAGGCUCUGUCAUGCUUCAAAGACCGGAUGCAAACAGACGGUGGCAUUUCUGUAGUAACAGUCAAUAGCACAAUUGCCGCCUGCGACCAGGGCCACCGAUGGGACAUGGCAUUGGCCAUUUUCCAUCGUGGUCGCCAACAGACGUUGGUCAAUUUGGUGACAUACAACUCCACAAUGAGUGCCUGCUCCCGGGCUAGCCAAUGGACACAUGUGCUGGACUUGCUCAAGUUACUGCGGCUUCAGCGUCUUCGCAUGGACCAACGCAGCCUCAAUUCAGCAGUGAGUGCGUGCGAGCGGGCUCGAAUUUGGCAAGUGGCUGGGAAGGUGCUGUCUGAUGCAUCUGCUGCUGGGCUGUCGCCUGAUGUGUUCACGUACACAUCCAUGAUUACAGCUUGUUCUGAUCAUCAGCACUGGCUAGAAGCAGUACGGACAUUCCGGAACAUGGGGAAGCUGUCGAUUUCGCCCAACAGCCACACCUACAACUCUCUGAUUGAUGCGUGUGGGAAAGGGCAACAGUGGGAGAUGGCGGUAGGUUUUUUGCAGGAGAUGAUCAAGGAUGGCAUAGAUACCAAUGCGGUCACGGUGAGCUCAAUAGCUACAGCAUGUCAGGAAGGACGGGAGUGGGAGCUGGCUUUGGUGAUGAUGCAGGAGAUCUACAGCUCCCAUGUCCAACAAGACAACAUCGUUGCCAUAAACUCGGGCCUUGGCGCGUACGCAAAGGGAUGGCAGUGGGAAUUCGUGCUUAUCCUUCUUGAAGACUUCCAGCUUCGUGGGCUCAGACUGGACACUGUUUCCUUCAACACUGGGCUGCAUGCGUGUCAGAAAAGCUACGAGUGGGCCCAGGCCUUGGCACUUUUCGAUCACAUGCUGGUGAGUGCCACGCAGCCGGACAUCAUUUCAGGCAAUGUCGUCGUGAGUGCCUGCGAGAAGGGUCAGAAGUGGGAUAAAGCAAUUUCUUUCUUUGAGUCGAUGGGACCGGUCCACGGCUUUCGGCCAGGAGUUGUUGCAUACAGCGCCAGCAUCACUGCAUUGUCGCAUGGCCACAAGUGGAAGCAUGCAUGUGAGAAGUUGGCUGACAUGGUACUCAGCAGACUGCAGCCGAAUGUCACCACGUAUUCGUCGCUUAUCACAGCGCUGGAACUUGGACAGCAAUGGCAGAAGGCAAUGCUGGUCUUUGAAGCUAUGGCGUUGGAGCCGGACGAGGCAUGUCUGAAUGCAAGCAUAAAGGCUGCUGCAACGGGCUCCCACUGGAGAGGUAUUUGUCACUUUUUACAGCAGUUCGAUGAGCGAGGAUUACGGCUUGAUGCCAGGACUUUUGCCAGUAGCAUUGCCGGGCUGGCACGGGUUGGGCGAUGGCAACAUGCAGUUCACUGUCUUGAGAGAUGUUUACUGGAGGUGGACCCAAUGCGUUUGGAGUUUGCGGCGCCUCUUAAUGCGGCACUCUUCGGGCUCUCAAAACAGUGGCUCUGGCAAAGGGUGCUUUCUCUGCUUGCAUCCGCCGAAUGCAGAGCACAUCAGCGAGUCUCAUCAGAAAUUCAGCUUGCCUUGUCAAAGGGAGGUCGUUCAAUUGAGACGCCCGGUUGGCAACCUCACUUCGAUGCAGCACAUCGUACAUUCCGCACCUUCUUCAACAAGCUUGCGCAAGGUAACAUUCCCAAGCUGGAAUAUGACAACGCUAUGAUUGCGUUCGAGAGCAGUCCGGAGGGUUGUCGCACAAUCCGUGAGGAAUUGAAUCGGAAGGGAUUCACUUUGCACGUAAUGUUGAACUGA